AAUAAUAACGAUAACAAUGAUGACUUUGUCCUUGAAUUAAGCGGCUCAGAUGAUUUUUAUUCAGAAGAUAGUGAUUCUGAUUCUGAAGAAUUUUUAGAUCAAAGAAUACAAUGCCUAUCUGAAUUUAAAUUAGUAUGGACUGAUACUGCAAUGAUUGAACAAAAAAAAGCACCAUAUAUUAGCAAUUCGAUUACAACACAUUAUCGAAAAUAUGGACCACAGGAAAGUUUUACUGUAGUGGCAAAGGUAACAAGUUCUCUUUUUAAUUUUUUUAAACCAAUGAAAGACUUAGCUAAAGAUAAACUUGUUGUAGAUUUAACAGAUAACAACAAUAUAUUAGCCAGUAUAAAGGACAAUAAUAAUGCAUUGAUCAGUGCAAAAGAUGAUAAUAAUGUAUUAGUCAGUACAAAGAGUAAUAAUAAUGCAUUAGUUGGUACAAAAGAUGAUAAUAAUACAUUUGUUGAUGCAAGAGAUGAUGAUUCAUUAGCUGGUAUAAAAGAUGAUGAUUUAUUAGCUAAAGGUGAUUCAGAAACAGGCUUUUUAGAUAAUUGGAAUGUUGAAAUAAAUAGUUUGAAUUUGAUGGAAACAUUAUAUCAAGAAUUAGAAGAAAGUGUAGAUAAUGAUAUUCAAAACAAUAACGAUUGUGAUUUUAAUCAAAAAUUACAAAAUUAG